AACUUUCAUCUUGUUUACAAGCGGCGGGGAACAGGCCAUUGCUAUUGGUUUAUUUGUAUGCCACUUAUAGACUGGAUACUGCAAGUCAACCAUUCAAAUUUAGAAAGAGGAGGGUUUAUUCAGCUAGCCUACUACCGGUAACUUGAUGUGGCUACUGUAGCAUGCAUGGAACUAAACUUAAAGUUCACAAGUAUCUUGUAUGUUAAAUGUCACAACGCUCGAUUUGAGAAAUCGGUCCCACCAUUUGAGAAAACAAACACUUUUGUUGAAUUCAGUGCGUCUUUGGAGUACGAGCAAUGGAAGAAUUGAGCGAGUCUUCACCCGCUUUGGCGUUCGAGAAGGAAGCAUUUGAGUUGACGGUGGAAGAUGUUUAUGACAUUUCAUACGUGAUUGGCAGAGAUUUGCUGAAAAUAAGUACUACAGGUGAGGAAGUCUCCGAUUUGCAAUUCAAAAUUGUCCGGGUUUUGGAGAUGUUUGAAACGUUAGUGAAUAAGUAUAACCUGUCAUUGGAGGAGCUGAAAAUGGAACGAGACAACUUGAAGAGUGAACUGGAUAGAAUCGUAACAGAAAGUUCUGCCGGGCAGGAAGCGCAAACACUAGGACCAAACAAACUGGUGGUGGACCUGAAAGAUCCCAAUAGACCACGCUUCACAAUGCAGGAGCUGAAGGAGGUGCUUCAGGAGAGGAACCAGCUCAAGGCCCAGCUACUGGUGGCGCAAGAAGAGUUGCAACUCUACAAGAGUGGGAUGCUGCCACAGGGUGAGCAAGCCAUGGUAGAGGUUGACUUAGUAUCUCCACCCCCUUCAAAACCUGUUCCUGACACAACAGAUGAGUCUAAAGAAGAGGAACCUAACGAAGGAAUGACCACCAUCAGAAAGCUGUUUUCAUUCAGACGGAAAUAAGGACAACCUAUGAGAACAAGGACCUAAGGCAUUACUAAUGAUAAACCAAACAUUUUUAUGCACAUGCUUUCUAUCAAUGCUUUGUAUUAGAUCAGUUGUUUUCAGUAAAAAAAAUUUUUUUUAACUGGAA